AAGGAGUACAAAAAUGGAUUCGGGAACAUGCACACUGAUUUCUGGAUGGGCAAUGAUUUUUUGCACAUGUUUUCUGAUGACAACAACCUAGUGUUAAAGAUAGAGCUCGAGGAUUUCGAAAAGAACUUUGCUAUGGCUGAAUAUAGCAAUUUUGUAGUGGGUUCUGAGAGCGAAAACUAUAAGCUCAGUAUUGGAAAAUAUAGAGGGAAUGCUACGGACUCUUUCUCAGGACAUAAUGGAUCGUACUUCAGCACGUAUGACAGGAAAAACGACAGAGCCCCAGAAUGUUGUCCAUGUGCUGUCACAUAUGGUGGAGGAUGGUGGUUCCACAGGUGUUUCGAAUCAAACUUGAACGGACAAUACUUCAGGGAUCCAGAUGAAAGCAGUUAUUUUAGAGGAAUUAUAUGGGAGCAGUGGUUGGGAAAUUACUCACUCAAGAAGUCGGUUAUGAUGGUAAGGUCGAGAGGCCGAGUUUAUUCUCCUACGAGGAAUGUUCAAGAUGGAGAUUUAACGCGAAUAACGUAUGAAGAUCCUUGAAUAAUUCUUUAUGCAACCUACAGUUCCGAAUAGUAGGUUUUGGUAUACUCAUUGAUAUGCGAUGAAGAUACAUUUGUAAUAAAACAGUAUAGAAGUAA